AUGGCAGCGACCGCCACAGCAUUAGUGAUGAGAGAGGUCAAUGGCCCUCUCAGUAUGGAGAAUGUCCACCUCGGUGAACUAAGGGCCGACGAAGUGCUCGUCGACAUCUAUGCAACCGGAAUCUGCCAUACAGAUCUCUCCUGCAUGAACGGGCAGCUGCCCGCCUCUGCGCCAUGCGUGUUCGGGCACGAAGGAGCUGGCACCAUCGUGAGAACCGGGGCGAAUGUCACACAUCUGCAGGCAAACGAUAAGGUGUUGUUAAGCUAUGCAUCUUGCGGGGCCUGUGACCAAUGCACCGGCGGUCAUCCAGCCUAUUGCUAUCAGUUUGUGCAGAGCAAUUUCGGUCAACAAAGACCAGACGGUAGCUUUACCCUAUCUUUCGAAAACGGGGAUCCCCUGCGCGGAAACUUCUUCGGGCAAAGUUCAUUUGCCAGCUUAGCUGUUGUCCAUGUAUCGUGCGUUGUGAAGGUGGCACCCGAAUCUCCCUUGCAUCUGCUUGCACCCUUGGGUUGUGGGUUCCAGACUGGGGCUGGAGCUGUGAUAAACACACUUGAUGUGCAACCUGGAUCCAGUUUAGCAGUAUUUGGGGCUGGGUCGGUUGGCAUGAGUGCUAUCAUGGCCGGAAAGAUGCGCGGUGCGAAAUCUAUCAUUGCGGUGGACUUGAAUCAGGAACGGCUUGAGUUGGCGAAGAAGCUCGGGGCAACACAUACCAUCAUCGGGUCUGAUGACGACAUCAUCCAACAUAUCCAGACGAUCUGCCCGCCCCUUGGUGUACAGUAUGCUGUUGACUGCACCGGUGUGCCGGCCGUCGUUGAGAAGGCGAUCCAAGCACUUGGGGCAAGAGGCAAGCUGGCCACCGUUGGUGCUCCAACCCCCGGCAAGACAGCCAAGGUGGAUAUAUUCGCACAGUUGGUCUUUGGUCGUCAGUACGUAGGAUGUUGCGAAGGUGAUUCACAGGCAGAAAAGUUCCUGCCCUACCUUAUUGAACAGAACUCGCAGGGGAACUAUCCGAUUGAGGAGCUCAUCACGACCUACCCGAUUGAUCAGUAUAAUCAAGCAAUCAGCGACAUGAAGGAAGGGAAGACAUUAAAGGCGGUGUUGUUAUGGAAGUAGAAUGUGCAGAUUACUUGGCGAGUAUAUGGACGCCUCGAAGACUUGAUAUCUGAUGAUAGAUGUAAUGAAUGUAGAUGAUGUUGAUGAUAUUGCGCAGCAGAAGGAGAGAGGUCCGGAAUUCCAGAAAUUGGGGAACGAAGACAACCGCAGACCCCAAUCACCUGAUCCCGACGGUAGAAACAUGGCUGCUGGUAAUUCUAGCUUUCAUCAUUCCGUGCCUAGUAUGAAUUU